CAUAAAUAAGACAACCAGAGAGAGGGGAUGUGACAACUCAAGUCACAAAGCUAGUUAAGAAUUCCCAAUAGUCUUGAUAUUGCAGCACCAUUAUUCUCUCUUAAUUUAUUCCAAUCUCCUUAUAAUAGCAGGUAUCAAGAAAGCUAAAUGGUUCAUGAGAAUUUUACAGAGGUUACUGAGUUUAUCCUACUGGGACUGACAGAGCGUUUGGAGCUGAAAGUGGUCCUCUUCAUGUUGUUCCUGCUGAUUUACAUCAUUUCUUUGGUGGGGAACCUGGGAAUGCUCUUUCUAAUCCAAAUCACCCCCAAGCUCCACACACCCAUGUACCAUUUCCUUAGCUGUCUGUCACUUGUAGAUGCCUGCUACUCACCAGUCUUUGCACCCAAAAUGCUGCUGAACUUCUUUGUUGAACAGGAGACAAUCUCAUAUUCUGCAUGCAUUGUGCAAUAUUUUUUAUUUGUGUCACUCAUCACCACUGAGGGCUUCUUGCUGGCAGCAAUGGCUUAUGAUCGCUAUGUGGCCAUUGUAAACCCUCUAAUUUAUACAGUGACCAUGACUAAAAUAGUGUGUGUUCUGUUGGUCAUAGGAUCAUGUGUGGGAGGUUUAAUGAACUCAUUAACACACACAAUUGGCCUGGUGAAACUCUCUUUCUGUGGGCCAAAUGUCAUCAGUCACUUCUUCUGUGACCUUCCUCCUCUGUUGAAGCUGUCCUGUUCUGACACAUCCAUGAAUGAAUUGUUGCUUUUAAUCUUCUCUGGUGUGAUUGCCAUGAUCACUUUCUUGACUGUGAUCAUCUCCUACAUCUUCAUUGUUGCUGCCAUCCUGAGGAUCCGCUCAAUGGCCGGUAGACACAAAGCCUUCUCCACCUGUGCUUCACAUCUGACAGCCGCGACUUUAUUCUAUGGUUCUAUACGCUUUAGUUACAUUCAGCCAAGCUCUCAAUAUUCCCUAGAACAAGAAAAGAUGGUGUCUGUGUUUUAUACCUUGGUGAUGCCCAUGUUAAACCCAUUGAUUUACAGCCUAAGGAACAAGGAAGUAAAGGAUGCUGUGAAGAGGGCAAAAGAAAUGAAACAUUUCCCCUGUUACUUUCAUGCCACACAUUUCUCAAAAUAGGAUACAGAUAUGUGCUCUGCCUAAUGACAUCUAUACGAAUUUAGUA